ACUACUUCACACAUUCCGCAUUUGCUGAUCGGAUUGUCUACGACGCCAAUAAAUAGGUCUUUUGAAAACUUUUUGAAAAAACGGUGAAGUUAUUGACCCUUUGAAUUCAAUGGCAAGUAGAAUACCUUGGAAUAACUUUCGUAUGCCUCCUGGUGGUGGCCCUGCUGCUCGUGCUGCAGGUUUGGCAGUUGCAGGUAUAGCUACUGCUGCCAUUGGCUAUAAAUAUGGUUUAUAUAAUGUGGACGGUGGUCAUCGAGCGGUCAUCUUUAACAAGUUUACUGGAGUGAGACCCAAAGUGUAUGGAGAAGGAACUCACGUACGAAUUCCUUUCUUUGAUGUGCCUAUUAUUUAUGACGUACGAGCUAAACCAAGAAGCGUACAGUCUCUAACCGGCAGUCGAGACUUGCAAAUGGUUCAAAUCACACUUCGGGUACUCUCAAGACCUGAUCCAGAUAAAAUUCCCGUCAUUUAUCAAACUUUGGGAACUGAUUAUGAUGAGAGAGUUCUUCCCAGUAUCGUGAACGAAGUGUUAAAGUCGGUCGUAGCUCAGUUCAACGCGUCGCAGUUAAUUACGCAACGUGAACAAGUAUCGCGUUUGAUUUCAAGGAAUCUAAGGGAGAGAGCAAAAGAUUUCAAUAUUGUAUUGGAUGAUGUAUCGAUAACACAUUUAGCCUUUGGAAAAGAAUACACAGCUGCAGUUGAAGCCAAACAAGUUGCUCAACAAGAAGCAGAAAGAGCCAGAUUCUUUGUCGAAAAAGCCCAACAAGAUAAGAAAUCCAUUAUCAUUCGAGCACAAGGCGAGGCACAAUCUGCCAAAUUGAUAGGAGAGGCUAUGAAGAACAAUCCAGGAUUCAUCAAGUUGAGAAAAAUUGAAGCAGCAAGAGAUAUUGCAAAUACAAUUGCCAACUCUCAGAACCGCGUAUUUCUUAAUUCGGAUUCCUUGCAACUCAAUUUAGGAGAUGUCGAAACGGAAAGUACUUCUAGCUUUCAUGAAAUGGAAGAAGAAUUGAACAACGUCUCCAAACGAAAAUAAUCAAUCACAUAGCAUAGCAACCAUAGGGUUCAUUAUUAAGCUAGUUGAGCAUUGGCACUUUGUGUGGUAAUAAGUUGUCUUGGAGACAACAUAUCUGACUCGAGCAAUAAAAUAGUCAUUGCAAAGGAUAUAGUUAAAAGAAGCUUUUCAAAUAAAACAUAUAUACAAGCA